CAUUCUGAUAUGACCCCUCUUCCUCCCUUACACUCUUAACAUAGCACUGAACUUGAAUUGAACUUACAGUUAUAUACGCUGAGACACAGAGAGAAAAAGAUAGGGAAAAAAUGGGUUCUUUGGAAGUUGAAGUUACAAUGAAGAAGGCUACUUGGCUGUAUCCAAAAGUGUCUGGUAAAAAUCCUUCAGAGAGAUGGGGGCAUUCUGCUUGCUAUUUUAAUGGCUUUAUCUACAUCUUUGGGGGAUGUUGUGGGGGAGUUCAUUUCAGCGAUGUUCUGGUGUGUAAUCUCGAGACAAUGACUUGGAACAUUCUCAUGACUUUGGGGCAGGGCCCGAGAUCACGAGACAGCCACAGCGCUGUACUCAUUGGGCACAGGAUGAUAGUAUUUGGAGGAACUAAUGGUUUUAAGAAGGUCAAUGACUUGCACAUAUUGGAUUUGCAUUCUAGAGAGUGGACUCGGCCCGAAUGCCAUGGCAAUCCACCUUCCCCUCGUGAAAGUCACACUGCUACACUUCUUAAUGACGAUAAAUUAGUUAUAUUUGGGGGUAGUGGAGAAGGAGAGUCGAAAUACUUAAAUGAUUUACACAUUUUGGACCUCAAAACCAUGGGAUGGACAUCCCUAGAAGUACGGGGUAAUGUACCUGCUCCUCGAGAUAGUCAUAGUGCUGUGGCUAUAGGUAACCGGAUUUUUGUGUAUGGUGGAGACUCGGGUGAUCGGUACCAACAAGAUGUGAAUGUGUUUGACAUGAAAACGUUAAAUUGGUCUAAGCUGGAAGCUCAUGGUCCAUCCCCCGGUGCUCGAGCUGGUCACGCUUCUGUUAGCAUAGGGACCAAGGUAUAUGUAAUUGGUGGAGUCGCGGACAAACAAUAUUAUAAUGAUGUCUGGGUUCUCGAUGUAAUUAAAUCAUCCUGGGUUCAACUCGACAUUGGUUUUCAAAAACCUCAAGGACGGUUUGCUCAUACGGCCACUGUCACAAACUCAAGCAUAGCAAUUUUUGGAGGUUGUGGAGAGGAUGAGCGACCUCUCAACGAGUUGCUAAUUUUACGGGUAGGAGUAGAACAUCCCAUGGGGCAUGUUGAUUCCACAAGGAGAUCUUUAGGAAACUCCAACUACAAAGAAAGGAAAAUGUUUUUUCGAGAUGCAGAUAAUAAUUUGCAGAAGAAAUUAUUUCCUGGCGAAUAUAAGGAUUUAGCCACGAAGGAUGCUGAAGAACUUGAAAUAAUCUCAGAACGCUCUUUUCGUUUUAGUUCAGAUAUGUUGCAUCCGAAGAGGAGGAGAAUGAGUAAUUCAAUGUUGCAUGAUCUGAAAUCCAAACCUGAUGAGCAUUGUCUUUCACUUUCAAGGAACUCAUCUCCAUCCAAAUCUGAUCAAGAACCGACUUCUCAAGUUCAUCCUAAAUUUUUGCAGCGAAUUUUGAAUGCUGGCAAUUCUCAGCCUAUUCAUAUUCCAGUUACAGGGAGUGAGCUCCAAAGUGUCGUCCCUAGGACUUCUCAGGGUGUAAAUUUAUCUUCAGAACAUGUGCAUCAAAGAAAACCAGAACAUUAUAGGAACAUAGCUCUUACUGGUGCGAGUGAAGUGCGGUGCUCAGGAACAGAUACCACAUCCGCCGAGGCAUGGAAGUUCCAUAACUUGAUUGGAUCUGAAGUUCACGGUCAAGUUGAUGGCGCAUUUGAUUCUGGUUACCUAAUGACCGCUACUGUUAAUGGAAUGAUUUUUCGAGGCGUCCUAUUUACUCCGGCUCCUGAUCUUGUGGCACGUGGUGCCAUUCUCGGUCAAAAUCACGCAAAAAAUCAAGCAACCGUUCUUUAUCGAGGGCAUUCUCAGCAGCCAGCAAGAGUAGUUGGUCGAGGAUCGCAUCAGAGCUUUGGAGCAACUCAUUCAGGAAGAUCGAUCCCAGAAACUAGAACUCCUUUAAUGAUGAGCAAAGAUUCGGGGCUUAAAAGUGAACUUCAGGGUGUGGUCUUGACCCUGGGAGGUCCAGAAAGUGAUGAUGGCAGAUCUAAGUUACAAUAAAACCGUAAAACACGAUAUGAAGAUUGGGAAUCUGAAAUUCUUCCCUCAUUUCCGAUGACUUUGUAUAGUUUUGUCAGGUGCGAUAAUAUAGAUUAGAUUGUACUAAGCAGUAUAAAAGAGAAAACGGGUUAUGAUAAAAACUAAAAAAGAACAUGGAUUGUAUUGUCCAGUAUGGUCUAAUAGUACAUACUAAAAUAUCCGGAGGUUAUUAUUUGGAACAAGCUUCCUUUUGCCAGUUUGAACGUUUUGAGAGUGAAUUGCUUUCCAAUCGAAA